CAGUUGGUGAGAUUGGUCUGUAAGGGUGAAGCAGCACUUUCGAGCCCAUUUCCAAUGGCACGUGGGAGAAAAAAGAAAAUAUGUUGAGUUUACAGUUAAGUUAUUGUCACUUAAUGUAGUGAAUAAUGAUAAUAUAGGAUAAUAGUUGUAAAUGUAAAGUUUUAGUGCAGCUUUGAGAGCGGCAUGAUUCGCGUCACUUGUGGAUGUCAUUGUGUUGUUAUUGAACAUGUGGAGACGAGCGCUCAGAGGAGGUCCCGCUUUUAUCGGGUUGAGGAGUGGCGGAACAAAGGCGCCGUGGGGUUUCCAUGGCCCACGUGCAUGCAGCGCUCCAGCCUUGCCUGCUGAUCGCAUCACUGUUCUCCAGGCAGUCGACUUCUGGACCAAGCAGUUUGAGGGAAAAGGUGUGUCGGAGCCAGAGCUGUCUAGCCGCUACAUCACCGCAUAUCUGCUGGGCGCUAAAACGAUGGAAAGUCUUGAGCAACAGAGGUUAAAAGAGUUUCUUAGCAAAGAGGAAACGGAUCGGCUGUGGGAGCUUUGCACGCGGCGUCUGUCUAGAAUGCCAGUGCAGUAUGUCAUUGGAGAGUGGGACUUCAGAGACCUGACCCUCAAGAUGAGGCCUCCUGUCUUCAUACCAAGACCAGAAACAGAGGAGUUGGUUGAACUUGUGCUAACAGAUCUACAGAGACUACUUGGAUGUGGAGACACAGUCUUAGAGGUUGGAUGCGGUUCUGGGGCCAUUUCUGUUAGUCUGCUGAAGAGUCGGCCACAGCUCAAAGCGUUAGCCUUGGAUCGAAGCCAGGAAGCAGUGGACUUAACCAGGGAGAAUGCACUAAGGUACGGGGUUCAGGACAGAUUACAGGUUCACAAUAUUGACGUAAUGAAAGAUGCAGAUACUUUGCUGGGCCUCAGUGGCUCAGCCGCAGUUUUAGUCAGUAACCCUCCUUACCUGUUUUCACAAGACGUGGCAACCCUGCAACCUGAGAUCUUAAGAUUUGAAGACCGCUCAGCUCUGGAUGGAGGUGAAGACGGCCUGAAUGUAAUAAAGCAGAUUUUGACGCUGGCGCCUCGUAUUCUGCAGAACCAAGGUCGUGUUUACUUGGAGGUGGAUCCCAGACACCCGCCACUCAUCCAGCAGUGGGUGGAGGUGAACGUGGACAGUCUGCAGUAUAUUGAAACCCGAAACGACAUCUGUAGCAGACCACGGUUCUGCAUCCUUCAAAACGAGGCCCGAAAGCCGGAUCAGGAUUGAGAGAGUGAGAUCCUUUAACCCCGGCUUGAGUUGUCACCGCCGUCUGGGCUCGCCAAGCGGGCCACCAUGCUGCCUGCGCUCUCAAAAUCCACAAUCUGGAACCAGUCACACAUCCCCGCUGCACUUUAAGGCCAAUAAGAGUCGUCACCACACCCUGCUCUCACAAUAUUACACACGGUGCGAUGGCACCGAGGCGAGCUCAAAGCUGAAGGUAAUUACCGAAGCUUUUCUUAGAAUCCCCCCUCUCAGAAGCUCACCCUCCUCCCUGGAAGCGCUCAGCAGUUCUGUGAAUCGGCUGAUGAGCGGUCCUCCCCUCUGCCCGUCCACCCGCUGACUCAGACCGCAUGCGUCGCUUGCACAAGCGUGACCGUUACUUCCUCGCAAAAUCUGCGCCUCGUUACAAAUUUCGACCCGAAAACACCUCUUUUUGUCUCAUAAUAGCUGUCACGGCUAUUUUUUCUUUUUUUUUUUUGCAAGGGGAAAAAAAUGAUGGAAAAUUAUGUUCCAGUUGUUUAUUUUUUAAUAAAAAAAAGUGUACACAUGUAAAAGUUACAAAAAAUUUUUGCUGAAAAAAAAAAUAAUAAAAUGGCAUAAAAGAAGUCAUCAGUGGAAUUAGUUAUUUCCCCUCCGCAGGAACAGUAUUUACAUCCAGAACUAGCAAGAUUAGAAAAAAAAA